AUGUUAACCUCCAACUCAGGGGGAUCCAUCCUGAGCACCCUCAACGAUGCCCAGCGUCGAGCAGUAACGUCCAAGUCACCCACGGUUGCCAUAUUGGCAGGUCCGGGCAGCGGUAAGACGCACACCCUCACCUCACGCGUGGUAUGGCUCAUCCAACAUGGCGGCUAUCAGCCCUGUGACGUGAUCGUGGCUACCUUCACCGUCAAGGCGGCUCGCGAGAUGAGAGAGAGGAUCGGUAAACUCCUCGGACCAGAGGUGGAGAAGAAGAUUAUCCUGGGGACUUUCCACUCCAUCUCACGGCGGUACUUGGCCAGCUACGGCAAGCACAUCGGCCUCGAUUCCAAGUUCACCAUUGCCGACGACGGCGACUCCAGGGCCAUCAUAAAGAGGAUCUGUGAGAGGCACAAGCUUGGCGUCGAACCGUCGUAUGCAAGAUCCUGGAUCAGCAGGAAGAAGGCAAAGGGCGCGACAGCUGCGUCCGAAAAUGGACGGAAAAAGAACGACCACCCGGAUCUCGAUAUGUGCUUCGGAGAAUACCAGGAGCACCUUCAGCGGGCAAACCUUCUCGACUACGACGACCUACUUGUUCGCUGCGUGGAGCUUCUGCAAAAGUACCCCAGAUGUGUCGCCAAUGUCCAGACUGUCCUCAUUGACGAGUACCAAGACACCAACGGCAUUCAAUACCAGCUCAUGAAGCUGUUCGCGCAGGCGCGCGAGCGUAUCACAAUUGUCGGAGACCCCGAUCAGAGCAUCUACGGCUGGCGAUCCGCCGAGGUGCGUAACUUGUACCGCAUGCUCCGCGACUACCCAGGCACCGAUGAGAUCUCCCUCGAGGAGAAUUACCGCUCAUCGCAAUCCAUUCUGAACGUCUCCCUGAGGGUCAUUCAGGAGGACAAGAAACGAUACCAAAAAGUUCUGCUACCGGUCCAUGCCAAGGGCGAGCGACCAGUUCUGCGGAAGCUUUCGACUGCGGCCAAGGAAGGGGAAUGGGUUGUCUCCGAGAUAAGGCGCGUGAUCAUGAUGUUUGGGGGGAUGGUGAAGCAUCAAGAUGUGGCCAUUCUUCUCCGCUCUGCGGCCCUCUCACGACACGUCGAGUCGGCCCUGGGCAAGGCAGGCAUCCCAUAUCGCAUGAUUGGCGGCCACAAAUUCUACGAGCGGAAAGAGAUCAAGAUCCUGGUUGACUACCUGCGCGUCGUUCAGCAGCCCAACAACAACGAUGCGGUCGCGCGCAUCAUCAAUACCCCGCGACGUGGUAUCGGUGAGGCGACCAUCAAGUCCCUCCUAGAAGAGGCAGAGCAAGCCAAGAUUCCCGUCUGGGCCGUCAUCUGCAAACACUGCCGGGGCGAGCGCCGAGCACGGACGAAUAUCAGGGCCAGGAUGGAGCAGAAGCUCAGCGCCGAGCUGAUUCAACUGGUUACGAAUCUGCGUCGGCGAGCCGACUCCAUCGCACGGUCUAGCUCCUUCACGUUGGUAGACCUGGUCGAGCAGCUCACCACGCAGCUCAAUUUCAAAAAGUACCUCGAGGAAGAGUACCCAGUUGACCAUGCGAUCCGCUGGGCCAAUGUUCAGGAGUUUGUCCAUCUCGUGGGCGAUUUCAUACGUGACCAGUCGCGUCUGGAGGAGGACGCACUACCCGAAGUUGGCGACCUAGAACAGUCGCGCGAGGACAGCAUACUGGCCAGGUUCCUGGCAAACAUCACCCUCGCAACAGAUGCCCAGAGAGAUGAUGGGGAGCAGGACAAGGAAUCACUAGUCACAAUAUCGACCAUCCACGCCGCCAAGGGCCUCGAGUGGCCCGUCGUCUUUGUGCCAGCAGUCUACAAUGGCUCCAUUCCGCAUAGCCGCUCUGACGAUGAUGAUGAGGAGAGGAGGCUCCUGUAUGUUGCCAUGACGCGGGCGCAAGCUCUCCUCUACCUGUCCUGCCCCCUCUACGGAUCUCAGGGGCUGAGCAGUAAGGUGGAGCUGUCGAACUUUGUGGAGCCGUUUGCCGAGUCGUCGUUUGCGCAGAAGGGUCCAUCCCUCGACCGGCCGAUGAUCGAGACGACGGCGAAGAUCCUCGGGCGAGACGCCCCCACGUCGAAGUUGAUAUUUGACAAGAUGCCGCCCAUGUUCUCUCCGGAAGAUGACCUGUUCCCCAUCGAGCCGCUCGACCCCAAGAAUCACGACAACGUCGACACGCCCGCGGGCGACCACUGCCCACGUGCUUCGAAAAGACAACGGACAAAUCCCAGCAAGUUCUCCUCAGCGGAGGGAUUUGACGAGCAUCCCUGGAAAAGAGAAUAUUCAACCACGAUGGAGGGGUCGUCAGGCUUUACCAUGUCGACGGUCAUGCCGGGAUUCGUCUCGGCUGGACAGCAUCGAUAUACACUUGCAGCUGCGGACGCUGAAGAAGGGCCGGCGACAAGCAAGGCGGCAGCACCGAAAAAGGGCAGCGCCCUACUCUUGCUUCUCGAGCUCGCCGCCACGACGAACAUCACCGGAGCCGGAAACGGAUGA